CCAUACUAUCAUCUGAUUUGGUGUUUUGCGCACGAAGGACGAGUCAUGCAAGUGUGGUAGAUUCCGGAGCUGAGUUCGUCCUUCCUUACCAUCUGAUCAUUUUAAUACAGGCUAACACAAAGUGAAGUUAUUUUGGUUGAUCAUUUACCGGAGACUAAAUGACUGAUGCCAGUGCCAUGAACCUGAAGCCCAAGAUCAGCUUCGAGGAAGCGCUAAAAGAUUCGCCAAAUUUCAGGUCGACGCUUGAGGAAUCGGAACAUGGGAUAGCAGAACUGGAAAGCAAACUUGAAAAGAUGGUGAAGCUGUGUAACGCCAUGGUCGACACCGGUAAAGCCUACAAUGUCGCAUUCGGCGCUUUCAUUCAAGGGGUCAAGGAGCUAGGGGGUCAUUUCACAGGUGACAAUUUGGUCCAGGUUUACUUGAUGAAGUUCAUUGGUGCGCUUUCAGAGCUACAGAAUUUCCGGAUGACGUUGGAUGAUCAGGCUCACAGAUCUGUCUCCAGGGCUCUGGGAUUGUUCAUGAAAGAAGAUUUGAAGAAAGUGAAAGAGACGAAGCGGCUGUACGACCGCAUCAGCGACGAUCUGGACACCGCCCUGCACAAGAACGCCCAGGCGCCCAAAGCCAAGCCCAGCGAAGUCGAAGAGGUCAACAAUGUGCUGACGGCCACCCGAUCGGCCUUCGGGCACACGGCACUCGAUUAUGUCUUUCAGGUUAAACUUGUACAGACUAAAGAAAGACACGAAGUACUAAACACGAUGCUUUCAUUCAUGCACUCCCAGAAUACCUUCUUCCAUCAAGGCUUCGACCUCAUGAAGGAACUGGAACCAUCCCUGAAAGAACUGGGGACUCAGCUGCAGAUUCUCAAUGACCGGGCCAAGGCAGACAAGAAGGACAUGGAGGGGCGCCACACUUUGGUCCAAAAAAUGGAGUCCCUCUGGAACGUUACGUUCACCUCCACCCCUGGACCGAUUACAAUGGAAGGCUACCUAUUCAAGAAGACCAAUAAUGCAUUCAAGACAUGGCACAGACGUUGGUUUACCGUCAAGAAUGACCAGCUAGUCUAUCAGAAGAGAACGAAAGGCGGAAUAAGCAUUGCAGCGGAGGAUUUGAGACUCUGCAACGUCAAACCUCUGGACGACAUCGAUCGCAGGUUCUGCUUUGAGAUUGUCCUGCCCGGCAAGACCCUGCAGCUACAGGCUGACAACGACAGCAUCAGACAAGCCUGGAUCCAGGCCCUACAAGCAGGCAUUAACUCCGCCUACUGCCUGUCACCAAAACACCAGUCUAAGCCAGAAUUAGCCGGUAACCAGAAUGCCCCUUCACAAGAGACGAACGGUUCCCAUCCAGCGAAUGAACCAAAAAGCCCCAGCUUCAAGGCCAAGAUUCAAGCUCUUCCUGGCAACGACAAGUGUUGCGACUGCAAAAGCGAGAACCCUACUUGGUGUAGCAUCAAUCUUGGUAUCACGUUGUGCAUCGAAUGCUCCGGCAUACACAGGAGUUUAGGGGUACACAUUUCCAAGGUACGGUCUCUGACACUCGACUCAUUGGAACCUGAGACACUUAAGGUAAUGUUGGACCUCGGCAACGACAUCGUGCGGAGCAUCUACGAGGCGCGCGUCGACGAGACAGUGGCCUUGCCUGCAUCUCCUAACUGCAGCCCAGCUGUGCGCCGAAAAUGGAUCCAGACCAAGUACAUAGACAAAAGCUUCCUUUCCAAGGUUCCCGGCACCUUCCGGAGUACCAGCCUGCGGCCCCGGACCACCAGUCGAUUACAAGAAACUUUUAAUGACAGUGGCAUCGGCGGAAGCAGAGAUACAAUUCCAGUUGAGCCAGGCAAAGCAGACGAGGGCAGCGACAGUUCAGACGGUGAGGAACAGGAAGCACUGAAAUCGAAAGAGAUCGUGGAGGAACUGGAAAUCAGUGCUACAGAACUUCUCUUCCAGGGUUCAUCGAGCGGCAAUGUUGCGUUGAUGAUGGAUGCUAUUGCGCAUGGUGCAGCCGUCAACGAGAUGGACAGCAAGGAGGACAGUCGUACCCCGAUGCACAAGGCCGCGUCCUCGGGGAACCUUGGAGCCUUGGAGUUUCUGCUGCUGAAUCGCGCCAAGGUCAACGUGAGCGACAUCAGCGGGGUCACGCCCCUUCACAUUGCAACGACCCUCGGAAACACAGGAAUGGUUUGUCUGUGUUUGAAGCGAGGUGCUGUGCAAACAGCUAAGGACAAAGAUGGACGGGACCCUCUGAUGAUAGCCAUCGAGUCGGCCAAUGCAGACAUUGUUACACUUCUCCGUCUUGCCAGACUUAACGAAGAGAUGAAGGAAUCGGAAGGGGUCUUCGGUAACCCAGUGGAAGAUGAUGAAACCUUUCAGGAUGUGUUCCGAGAUUUCACCAACCUGGCUUCCAACAACCCCGAAGCGCUCAAUCGCAACUUCCAAGAGCCGGACAAGCCCACGACACCCGACACCUGAGAGGACUGGGGGCAACUCUAACAGUAGCUCGUAGUUCACUGACCCCUUCACUGCAAGUGCAAUAAUAUAUCCCAUCCACUGGGUCAUCUCUAUCAGCAGCUAUUAUCCAGGAUAUUUAUAACCUUCUCUUGUAGGUCCAACUGAGAGAACUGCACUUGAUGCAGUGAAGGGAUUAGAUUAAAACCAUUUCUAAAGUUACAGCCCCGCUUAAAGUUGCAGCAGCGCACUUGCAUCUCAGAGUUUGGACCCUAAGCUAUAAUCUCAGAGAUGAAUACAACUUACGACAGCGAGCUAGUGUCACAUGAAGGCUCACUUAAAUUUCUUCAGAACAGCACCGCAUUGAAGGCCGGUUUAUACUACUACAGGCCAAUGUAAAUGUGAAGCGAAUUUGACGUCAUUAAAGAUUUGCAGCCAAAUUUUGCACGAGUUGAAAUGGGCUCAACUUUUGCAAACUCACAGCGCAAAUAAUUGAUCUGAUGUCACAAGUUCAUGUGCGCUGUCGCGUGAAGUAUAAACCAGCCUUCAGUUGAAUAGUUGUUUAGUCUGCACACAGUCAGCAUAUAUAGAUACAUGUCACCCAGUAACUCACGGCAAAACUAAGUACAAUUAAAGCCACAUGAUGGCUGCUCUUUUUGGAUAAAUUGCUUGAAUGAGCAAACAGUAAGAUAACUUAAGAAUCUAAUAACUUACUGAAGUUUGGUUUGAUGCUAGCAAACUUAUUCAGCGUCAUUCAAUGGCUACAUGGCAUACGAAGGGUAUCACGUUAUCUCUGUCUCCUGUUAAUCACAAACAUGCGGAAAAGGCGGGCAUGUUUUAAAUGGCAAAUUGCGAAAAUCGACAAGAAAUGUUUUGAAGUGAAAAAUGACCAAGUGCGCUUAAUACUCAGUGAUUGUCACCUUACGGCACAUCCUCUUGUGCUGUAGCAUGUAGAUAACAGCAAGGUUAAAGUCACUGUUUUUUUAGUGGGGGGGGUUCCCACAUUUUCUGCAGUUGUAAAAGUGGCAUUGUGCUCAAGUGAACUCAUUGAGCCCUUGCCUGCUACUGUCAUCACUGACAUCAAAAGAGGGCGCUGUGCAUGUUCACAAAGACAUGUACAGCUAUGUCAAAACGUGGGCUUGAGGCUGAAAAGUGCUUUAAAUUAUUUUUGGUGUAACAAAAAAUUGUACAAAAAACAACAAAAAUCAACUCAUUUUUUAAAAAAAGAUAGUCACAGAGGAACACUAUUUUCUAGACAAAGGUUUAAUCACAUGUAGGCAAAUUUUCAAGAUACAGAAUUUGUAUAAAUACCAGUUUCUCUUUUUCAUGCAUGAAUGAAAGUAAUAUUGUAUUGAAUGUAGCUACUGUAGGCACAUUCUUGCCAGCAGUAGCCACGUAUCUCAAACACACAGCUCUUUAACUCUUCCUUCAUGUUAAAAAUAUGCACUUGAUUUUUCUUCUUUUUCCUCAUGUUUAAUCUGAAAUGAUUUUUCCCUCCUAAAAAAGACCAUGACAGAUCAUGCAAGAUGAUACGAAAGUGAGCAUUCUUUCCAGUGGAAAAUAAUCACGGAAUUAGCAUCAUGAAAGGCAAAUUAUCUCACUUUUACCAAGCAGUUUGUAAAUAAAAUCUUCAGCUCUGUUCAAAACUUGCUGAGCACUCAACAUAAUAAAUCCAAACCCUUCCAUUUCUUGAACAAACCAACAGAAAUACCGGGACUGAUCAAUGAAAAAUAUUUCAUUUUGAAAGGCAGUUUUUCUCUAAAACAAUGAACAAUUUUUUAGACUCAGUCCCAGCUUAAUGCAAGUAAAAGAAAAUAUGAUAAAUGACUUUAUUUUUAUCACAUAACAAUAAUUUUGGAACGAAAGAAAAUGUUAAGCAACCUGAACCGGUUUUACCAUUCACAUGGUUUGAUUUCAGUUUUUUAGAAUUCAUAAACAUUUGUAUUGAAAGGAAUAACUUGAGAGUACAGGGACAGUACUACAGAAAAGUUGUGAAGCACGUAAAGUUUGAAAAUUAGUUACAAAAACAUUUUCAUCAUAGCAUUGUUACGAAUUUAAUAUGCCUCUCGAAUUGUUUGCUCUAAGGAUUGUUAAAUUAAUUUAUAACAGUGUUUUGCUAUGUCAUUAUCUUCGAAGACUAAGUUUUAAAUUAUAACGAGUAAUUGGGACUGUUUGAAUGAAUACCAACUAAUUUGUGUCAACUUUGGUGAAUUAAAAUCCGAGCGGCGGCGGGCAAGGCCAAGUUGAAA